AGAAAAAAACUGAAAAAUGGAACCGUCUCUUAAGAUGCAGCGAGUAUUACUUUAUACUUCUUGACAAGUGCAAUAACUAUGGGAUGAAUCUUGGGCGAAAAACUGCUUUGUUAGUGCACACAUGAACAGAAAGGGGUGAAUGGAAGAAGGUUUUUGACAAAAAUAAUCGAGCCGUCUCUUAAGAUGCGGCUUACAUUGCUUUGUAUUUCUCCACAAGUGCAAUAGAUAUGGCAUGAAUCUUGGGCGAAUACCUAUUUUAAUCGCCAACGCAUGAACAUAAAGGUGAUGAAUUGAGAAAGGUCCAGGAACAACAAAAAGUCCGACUUGCCUUGGAGCUGCUAUCGAACAUGAGAGUCCUACCUUUUGUCACAGGUGCCCUCAUUUGACUUCACUCGAACACUCUCAGGAUAAAUGCUGUCAUCACACCUGGGAUAUUUUCAACAAAAGAGCCAUAACAGAUCACAGCCAGGAAAUGUGCCUUUGCUUUUUAACAAAAUAACUUGGUCUAUUUCAGUCCAAGAUACAUUCGUGGCAGUUCACUGAAAUAAAUAAGGCAUUGGUCCGAAACAUUAUUCAUGUAUUUUCUAUUAUAGAACAGGUAUCAUGAUCCGUAAAAUUGGACUUCUCCUGAUGUAGCUUUGUUCAACUUAAACUCAAAAAGUGUAGUCCGGUUUUAUUGUGAAUCAAGACUCAUGGUAUGCAAUGGUAUCAAACGCGCCCCGUCGAAAGCAACCGUACAUUCGCUAGCAUUGUACUGUCUUUUGAUUAAAAAAGACCAGGGGGAUCGCAGACUAAUGCGUUCUGUCCAUCCAAGGCAAGGUUGCAGUAAAAGAGGACUAGCAUGGGCGAUACUUUUUGUUGUGGUUGGAGUUACUUCGCUGUAUCUGUGGUCUUUGGAAUUGGAGCGGGGUGGAAAGGCAGCGGCACGUGAAACCGACUUCAGGACGUGCAGAUGUAAAGCGUUUAUCUCAGUCGACAUAAAAAAGAGUCGCAUUCCUGGGGCAGGAAAAGGAGCUUUUGCAAAAGAGAAUAUUUCCGCCGGUACGUUAUUAUGGGAUAUCAAAUGUGACGCCAUAUUGGCUGAGGACGAUUGGGAACCUUGUUGGAUGAUACCGUAUGACGACAUAACAAGGAAAUUGCUCUAUUCGCUUGCUUUGCCUGCGUCGAAAACGCCAGUCAGUGACUUCUUAGUAUUAUUGCUGUUAUGGUCGACUCUCGAAGGAUGUGACUUAGUUAAUGAUUCGUGCAGAGACACCAAGAAAAAGCAGUGUUUCCUCAUCAGCUUUGGCCCUUUAAAUUACAUUAAUCAUGGCAAAGAAGAUGCAAAUGUCGCGUGUCCCAGUGACGCAAUGCGGUUCCAACAUCAUGUCUCAGCUGCUGCACUCGUAGCAAUUAAGAACAUCACAGCUGGAGAUGAAAUACUGCAAAACUACCAGGAUUACCACGAGACAGACCCCUUCCUGAACUCAAUAAAGAGAAAAUUGGGCUUCGAGUUUGAAGCUAAUCUGAAUGAUGACCUUAAUCCAAAACUCGAUUUGUAAAAAUGAUUAAAUAAUGGCAAAUUUAUCCUAUUGACAACUGAUGUAAUUUUUACUUGAAAAAAUCGAAAUUGCUGGUGAAUUUUUAAAUUUCCCCGACAUGGGGGACAAGUACAAUAUUUCAAGGUCGUACAUUUUACUUAAAUAAGGCAAUUCUUUUAUAUUGCUCUGAUCAGCGUGAAUCUUAACAGGUAAAAACUGAAAGUAAUUUCAAGUUCAGUUGAACUUGAUAACUUUUUUUAUGUUGUACGUGUUAAUGUUAUGUCAUUAGCUACCCUUUCAAAUAAGCCGACAUAUGCUUCUCUAGUUAUUAAAAAAGAAAAACAUUCUAUCAAUUCUGUUUUGUCGGGCAGUUAUUUUACCACAUUUUCGAGAAAUUACCAUAAAUGAUAUGGUUAUAUAGUCAAGUAUACUGUCAAUGUCACGCAAAGUUGUGGUCAUCGGAGAACGGUCUCGUAUGGUCUUAUAUGGGAGAGCUUCUGGGCACAGCCUACAGCCCUAAUGGUGUUUGACAUUUCUUGCCAGUAUAACCAGGUCUACA